AUGUUUGGUGCACCGGGGAGCGUCCCCAAAGACGGAGAUCCGCCAGCAGACAGGGGGUAUCGGCCAAUGAGAGGCUACUUCAACUGGACCCGUGAUAUUGCAAAGGAGGUCCCAACAACUCCGGAUGCUACAGAGGGCGACCAAGAGGAGAGUAGUAGCUCACUUGCCGAUACAAAGGCCUGUGUAACUCCUGUAGGACAGAAUGAAGUCAGAGGUGUUGCUCAUCCUCCAAAGCCGAGCCAUUUACAACGACAGCACAGCUCUGUGCAGCACGUGGUCGCACCAUUAAAGAAAGAGGCAGAGAAUACUGUGAUUAAGAAAAGUCCAAUCUUUCUAGAAGAACCGCCACAGAAGAAACUCAACUAUGCAAGCUACAGCACAAGUAGCAAGAGAUCGUCUAAUGACCAAUCAACCAAAAGGUCUGCAUCUCCUCAGACCAUCGAUACAGCUGCAACUAAAGUUUUAGGGCUUACACAGCAGAUGACUAUCUUAGAUAAUAAGGAGUUCCAGUAUAACAAAACACUCGGGUCCACAGAGGUAAAGUCAGAAACAAAAGUCGUCGUGGCCACAACACCUCCAUCUGAAGUACUUACUCCGCUGGUGCCCACUUCUUCAACGCCCCAAUCAGCUGCAGUGCAAAAGAAACCAAGUCAAUCUCUUCGCAAGGGAAUAUUCGGCCAAACAGACAUAAACUACAACACUACAAUUGAUUUUCAAUCUGGCGACGCCGCCAAUACAAAUAUCCCUCUUCCCCCCGUUACUGGGCAGGUUUUAGAAAAGCUGCCAACAAAGCAAGUGGUUUACCCUUGUGCGCCGCAGGUACCAGACUUGCAGCCCGUCAACACUGGUUCUCAGCAGUAUCGUAUUCCAAUGGUCAGUCUAACGAGCCAAAAUGUAACAUACACUACUUCAAACCAACCAACCAUGGCAGGCGAGUCUCGAGCGGCCAUUACUGCGCCUUCAACCCGUCAGAACUCCGACGGAACAGUCGCGCGCGUCCAUGACAUCGACGACCCUGAUUACACAAAAGCGUUGAAGUUUCUUGAAAAGUAUAUGAGCUCACUAGCCCUUUUAUUCAGAAAGAUCCCUGUCCAAAUACUUUAUAUAAAUAAGAAGGUCCACCUUGUAAUAGAACAGAUUGGUGCUGGCGGGUACGGGCAUGUCUAUAAGGCAUUGCAACCCAGCGGGAAGCUCUGCGCCAUCAAGCUGCUGUGGAGUCAAAAGGGGAACAAUUAUAAUGAAAAAGAAGAAAAGACCAAUUAUAAAGCAAUGAUAGAUGAAAUAGAGAUUAUGAAGCGGUUGAAAGGAAAGGGAAUAUGUCUAGAUUUAGUGGACUGUCAAGUAGUUACUAAACACAAUCCUUUUCUGCGACGGUAUGCCCUGAUCGUAAUGGAGCUGGGAGACACAGAUUUAAGAAGCUUUAUGAAGGAAUUUAAAUCUGUAAAAAGGGACAGAGUUGUUGGACCCCUACACCCUUGCAACUUGCUCCCUGAGAGCAAGAUUCUUUCUCUUCUCUAUGACAUGAUAACAGUACUUCACAGGAUGCAUAUGCAGGGUUAUAUACAUUGCGAUCUUAAGCCCCAGAACUUCAUGUUCUACAAGGGCCGCUUGAGGCUUAUUGACUUUGGCAUAUCCAAAGCAAUGCAACAGGACACAACCUGUGCCGUCACAGACACCAUAGCUGGCACUCCGAAGUACAUGGCUCCGGAGAUAAUGCUUACCAUUGGUAGAACUAUGGAUAAUAAGAAGACAGAACUUCACAGAGUCGCAGAUGUCUGGAGCAUCGGGUGUAUCUUGUUUGAAAUGGCUGCUGGAUACCACCCGUUGGAUAGGUACGUAGAUAACCACCCACUGGCACUGCUGAAUACUGUGGCCGAAAAGAGGUAUGUCAUAGAGGCUGACGACCUGCACGUUUCUCCAGAGCUAAGAGAACUUAUACUGCUAUGCUUAGAGCACUCUCCCAAAGACCGCAUAACCAUGGAAGGGAUAUUUGCCCAUGCAUGUCUAAAGAAUCAGUUCUCACAGAAUGAAGUCUCUGAGUUCCAACGGUCUUAA